GGACGGAGACCAGGACACUGAGAGUAAAGUCAACCUCCAGUCCGGGUUCUAACCACGGAUGUCAUUCAAUGCGGAAAUCAUCUAACUUCAUCUUGGACAUCAGAGGACACAAAGACAACACAAUGAUGAUCAAGACUUUCAUUCUUGUAUUCCUGCUUGUCGGAACCAAGACUCUGCCUAUUGAAGCAAUUAUUGCUACAACUCCAGAUGAUAACCCAUCUCCACCCACGAUACCACCAACGAUGCCACCCACUCCUUCCCCCACUCCACCAAUCACUCCACCACCCACAACGCCACCCACUCCACCACCCACCACCCCACCCACUGAUCCUCCAGUACAAUGUUUACAGCCAGGCGAUCUCCUCAAGUUUAAGCUUCCCAAUCCAACUCCUACCUUUUCUUUUCGGGUUGAAGACGGGUGUAUCUUUAUUGAGCUGGACACAAUGCCAACUCCACCAACUCCUUCUCCACCAACUCCUCAACCAACAACUCCACCAACUCCUCCUCUACCAACUCCUCAACCAACAACCCCAGACGAUAACUGAAUAAGAACUGCAGCGUUAUUAGUUUGACAUUUUAUUUCUCUGAUUAUGUUCCUGUUCUAUCACAUUCUAUCACUGACCAUUCGCGAAGGUGUGGUGGGAAAGAGGCCACUGUAGCAUGACACGUAGUGUUGCUCCGGAAGAAGACGCCAAAUGGUGGAUAAAGACAAGUGCUUGCUACCAUAAUGUGCUUGAAGGUGUUAUAUUUUGUUAUAUAAUAUUGAUAUUGAAGAGAAGCUCACUGGUGAAAGGUCUGUGGGUGUUUAGAAAAUCAUGAUGACUUUCUGCUCUCUGUUACUUGUAAGUUCUUUCUGUCAUCAA